CUCUGGCAGCGAAUAGGAAAUCUAUAGAUAAUGCAAAGCUGAAAAUUUGUUAUAUAGAGAAGCAUAGAAAUCGGUGGACGGACAGAAUCAGAAGCAAGUGCGAGUGAUUUGAUUGCGUUAGAGAAUUAGAAAUAUGCAUUUGUGAAGUUGUUUUCUUCUUGUCUUGGCUAAAUUUAUGGCGCAGCCAGGAGGAAAUUAAAUGCCUUGAAGUCUUUGCGCAACAAAACAAACAAUCCAAAAGUUUUUCUAGGAGUAAAACAUAUUUUGCAGAUAGAACUACUGUGAGAUCGAUGAGUGAAAGAACGGUAAAAUCCGAAGAGAAUACUUCAAAGUGAAAAAUCUGGAAACAAAGUAAACUGCGCCGUAAGGAACACAACAUUGAAAAAAUCAUGUAAAUUCAAUGCUUUUUAAAAUCGAAGUGCAUCCCAAAUCAAAAGUUGAAAAUCUGGCGAAAUAUAAAUUGAAAAAUCGAAGCUAAUGAAUAGAAGCGAACAGCUGUAAAAUAUCAAAGUGCAUCCAACGACAACAUCUGACGUUACUAGGCCAAACAAAUUGCAACGCAAAACGAACGCCAAGUACUUGCAGUUCCCUGCUGGUUAAGUGGUAGUUUUGGAAAAUUUAUUAGCUUGGCAAACUUAUCAACCACAUUCGCAUAUUGGCAUCGAUUUGCGGUUUUUACAAACGCAGAAUAUUUUGCUUGAAAAUAACUACUACGCUUACCUUCUAAUUUAAUUAACGCCAAUCAUUUUUGUGUCGACACCAACAAACUUUUGAAGCGAGGCUGAAAUAGUUGCUGACACUCUGGUUGUGACCAGGUAACGAUUCAAGGCAUACUUAAACACAAACACAGGUUAUGCAAGAAUAUUAAAUUUCAGUGUGUCUUUAUAUCCAAAGCUAGGCAACACUGCAGUAGCGAGAGAGAGAUUUGACUGCUGAAAGCAGAAGAACACUAACAACAACAGCAAUUGCGGGCAAUGCGACCAGAUGUUAAAAAAAGAAAUUUGAUAUUUAAUCACUGGCAAUAUAAACAGAUACGAGUUUGAUUUGAACCUCAACAGAAUAUCCGUGCACACACAGGCCAAAGAAUCACAAAUAGAAGCGAAAAGCAACUAACACAGAUAGAAGUAUUGCGAGUGUACGUGACAAAGGCAAUCUGAUAGUCCUCAGAUCCCCAGACAGACAAUUAGACGAUAGUGCCCCAGUGACGCUGCAAUAAAAUAAAAAACAAAAGCAAACAUUAAAAACAUUGCGGGAGGUGCGCCAUCGCUAUCGGUGCUAUUUUCUGUUUUACGCCGUGCUUUUGCAUUGUGUGUGGUUUUCAAAUUGAUAGCCAGCGUGAGGCAGCGUAAGGGAGGUGGAACCACGUACAUAUAAACAAUCACUUAUCAGAGCGCUGAUAUAGACAACACAAGUUAUCGCUGGGUACACACACUUCCACAUACAUAUAUAUAAUAUAUUGCAUACUUAUUUGAAGACUCAAUAAUAACAACAGUAAUCAGAAAAAAAUAUCAACCAAAAAGUGCUGGUACAAGCGCAAUAACACAAAAAAAAAAGCAGCGUCGUCGUCGUCGUGAAAACACAAAAAAUAAGAUAAAUAAAAGCAAAGAAAUAAAUAAAUAAAAAAGAAAAAAAUUAAAAUAGCAAAAUAAACCGUAGCGCACUAAAUGCGGACAAAAUAAAGAGCAACGCGCAGUGGAUGCCGUUGAGUUGUUGUUGAAUCGUGGAGCAACAUACAAGUUGGUAAAGUAAAUGGUCGCGCGAAACGAGUCGACUCAAAAAUUCAGACCCAGUGCUAAAGUGAAUGUUGUUGAAUAGUUGUGGUUGCCUUGCUUCACUUGUGUUGCUCUAAUUGUUGCAAGUGCUUUGGAGUGUGCAGCAGCACCUACAUAGAUAUUAUUGGUAGUGGAGUGUGGAGGUGUGGAUGUGAGUAGUGGCGUAGUCUUACAGAUUCACAAGCGAUUUUACUAAAAAGCAGACGAAGCGAAAAGUUGGAUUUUUACAGAUUUCUUUUGUUGUUGCUGACGUUAUUGACGCUUAACGAGAUCAACAAGAAAUCAACUACAUAUAAAUAGCAGUAAAAAGGCCAAGCAAAGCAGCCGAAGUACAUAUACACAUAUAAAUCAAACACUUAUAUACGUCUACAUACAUACAUACACACAAGUGUUCUAGUAUCCUAGCGGAGUUAAAUCAUUACAGCACACAAUGGUGAAGACAUUUCAAGCCUAUUUGCCGUCCACGAAUCGGACGUAUUCAUGUGUUCAUUGCCGUGCGCAUCUCGCCUCGCACGAUGAGCUUAUCUCCAAAUCGUUCCAGGGCAGUCAGGGACCUGCCUAUCUCUUCAAUUCGGUGGUGAAUGUGGCAUGCGGUCAAACGGAGGAGCGUGUUCUGCUCACUGGUCUACACGCUGUUGCAGAUAUCUAUUGUGAAUGCUGUAAAACACCAUUAGGCUGGAAAUACGAGCAUGCAUACGAGUCCAGUCAAAAAUACAAGGAGGGCAAAUACAUCAUUGAGUUGGCGCACAUGAUCAAGGAGAACGGCUGGGAUUGAACGGCAAUGGUCGAGCUGGUGGUGCUGAUGCGAUCGUGCCGAUCGCGUAUGAUGAAACGACGAAACGUAGCGGAGGCGACGGCGAAGGCAGUGCGUUCUAAUGUGGCUGACAAUGAUAGAGUUGGACAAAAUGUUGAUGAUAUUGCAUUUGGAGAUGGACUCGGUAUUGGUGUUGGUAUAGGUGUUGGCUUGUGAGUAACGACGGAGAAAGUAACUGAAGUUGAAAAGUGGUGACGGUCAGAUAUGAACAUUGAGUUGAUUGAUGUAGUGUGCGAUGUGUCGAGGCAAGAUUGGUGUCGGUAUUGAAAAUGUUAAAACAAAAAAAUUAUAUUUUUGCGAAGCAGAGUUGAAAGUAAAGUGAAAUUGCGAUGGUAUUUUAAUAUAUAUUUGCAAGAUGGGAUUAAGUCUAUAAUAACAACUGCUAUCUACCAGCUCUUUCAAGGAUAUAACUCUAUUUUAGUUUAUUUACAAACAUAGAUGUACAUACAUACAUAUAUACCUGCAUACAUAAAAGCAGCAGCUGUAUACUCGUAACCAAUCUACACGCUCCUCUAUCGACAGACAUACGUACACCGUGCCUAGCCUCCGCCAAUACUCACUCACACCGAUAUUUCCUGACUAAAAUUUAUAUAAGUCCUUCUCUUCGGACAACAAAUAACAAUAACAAAAGCAAAUCCGCAAAAAAGCCUUGCAAAUAUUCGCUUCAAUAAACCAGUUGCAUGUCUUGCUGGCUUUUUGUUUUUUGAACAACAGUGUGACAACAAACAAACAAGCAAAAUUUGUGGGCUAUGCAAAAAUUUUCGAAUCAAACAAAAAAACAUAAAUUACGUUGGGUAAAUGUUGAGAUGCAAAUAAAAGCCCACCAAUGCAUGCAAGUUGGUGGACACCAUCAGAGCGCUAGAGCGUUGACGCAGUUGCGAAGCUAGCGGAAAUGGAAAGCACAAAUGGCGCGAAUUUUGUAAAGCUGAAAAUUUGGAACUGUCAACGCUGUUACUGCCACUGCCCUGCCGUUCCUUUCAACAUUUCAACUACAUUUCCUUACUACGCUCACUCUGGCUAUUGUUGCUUGCCGCCACUGCAACUGCAAUACAAAAACAAAAUAAAAUUGUUAGCUACAAAAUUCAUUGAAAAUAUGACCCUAAUAAUGCACAGAAAAGCUCGACAUAAAAGGUAGUAACUAAAAUUUUGAAACUACAGAGCAUUCAAUUUUGAUAUCUGGCAUUAAUAGCAGGCUGACUUUUCCAAAAUCAAGCAACACAUUUCUUAGACUCCGAAGACUGCGGCUUCUUCGCUCUGACAUGGAUGGAUAAUAAUUUUUAAUGGAUACUUAUUUAUUUUUAUGUUAUUAUUAAUCAGACAAAGUGCAUUACUACGCCUUGUAUCCAUGCAACUUGUGUAUAUUUUUUAGAAUUUUUACUAGAUGUGAGCAAUAGAUACUUCGUUGUAAUUUUAAGUUGUACUAUGUGCGUUUUUUGUGUGCUUUCCUUGUGAACACUUACAACUAUUCUACUUUUAACUUCUAAUCCAACAAAUCAUGAAUUGUGUUUGUUUUAUAUUUUAAAUGUAAAAUUAGCAAUAGAUGAAUGACGUAAAUAUUUCGACUUAUUAAGUGUUAGCAGUUGUCGAAUAUUUCGGUAAAAAAUAAUAACAAAUCUGCUAACCGUCGACAACGAAGUAUAAAAAACAAAUGAGCAAAAAUAUCCCAGUAUAUUUUUUAUAAGAAAUUUUGUCAACAUUACAUUGUUGUUGUGUUCGUCAAUAAUAUUUCACACAAUCAAUUCGGGACAUAAAUACAUAUUUGUCUAUUAAUUUACCGCUGCAUAAUUUAGCACAUUUUGCUUGAACGAUAGAAAUACAUUUGAAUGUUUGUCUACAUAUAUUUAGAGUACUAGAUUAUAUUGAUAAGCGAAUAUUACCAACAUAAUGAUACCAUAUGUCACGACAGUUAGUUAAAAUCGAUUUUUGAAAUUAUUGUAAUUUAGAAAAAAUAAAUAAUUAUUGUAUUCUAAAAUGAUAAGGCAUUGCAGACUGCUGAGAAAAAGAAAGAGUAUGUGAUGGUACGAUAGGAGCAAAGAAGGUUUAAAUUAUCAGAGCGAUUUUGUGAAGCAUUAAGUGGAAGUAUCGCGUAAGUCUUAAAAGAAGUUGUAAAGCAAUGCAGUGUAAGAUUUGUGUAACAAUAGCUAAAGGAAAAACGUAUUCAAGUAAGAACAAAAACUAAACAAACAAAACAAAAAACAAAAUGAAAAAAAAAUUCAUAGUAAAAAGCUGCCGAAAGCGGCAGAUGAUGACGAGCUUGUGAUUGUAUAGGUAUAGAAUGCUCUAAGAAAUUUUUCAACACCUUUAGAGGAUAGCAGAAAGGGCAAUAUGUGCACUGCAGUUAAUUCGAGUCUCGGAAAGACUGAUAUUAGUUCUAGGCAGUUACGCAAGCAUAAUUGAAUUGUUAGCGAAAAAAGAAAAGCGUUUCUUUUGCAGCGCACAAAGCUAAUUAUUGUUUGUGAGCAUAUUGAAGAAAAAUGGUGAGCAUAUUAAAAAAAAAUUUAAAUAACAAUUAAAAUAUUUUUUAUCAUAAAAAAAACACAUUUUUUAACUUAGGCAUCAUUUUUUAAAUAACGCCUUAAAUAAUUCUUCCUUUCCAAAUAACGUUCUUUGAAGUGAUGGUACUAGACUUGGCCAUUUUUGAGGUUAUAUACGAAUUGCUGUUGUAAUGCUAUUCAACAUCUAAAAGUCAUACAUACUUAUACAUCGUGUAAAUCGUACUAAUAUAUUUG